AUGCCUGACUCAUUGCAAUCAAAUAAACGUACAACUACAACAACUAAUACAACAACAGUAAAAGAAACAGAACAGCAAAAAAAGGAGCCAAGGCGAGAAUCUAUACAAGAGACUUUACCUAAAGGCUAUGCUCCACCAUCAAGGGCCCGAUCGUCCAAAUUACUGCAUUUAUCUAUUUUUAAAUCAUCUUCAGAUAUACCCCCAUUGCCUGAUAAGCAAGAAGAAACAAGUCAACCAGAGUCAUCUAACUCAUUAGAUGUCAUUGUCGAUUCCAACACGGAUCCUACUGCACUUUAUACUGAUUUCAUAUUGAUUGCUGAAGGAGAGUCUGGCCCUAUGUACGCAGCCAAGCAGGUGAAUACGCAGCGUAUUGUGGCCAUCAAAAAGAUUUCAUACGAAGCACGAGAAAAAGUUAGCAAGAUAAAGAAUGAACUGAUUGCAAUGAAAAUGAGUCGACAUCCCAACAUUGUAGAGUUUAUCGCCUGUUAUACGACAAAAGAAGAAAUAUGGGUUGUUAUGGAAUGUAUGGAUGUGUCUUUAGCAGAUAUUAUUUCCAUUGAUGACAGAACUAGACUAAAGGAAGCUCACAUUGGAAGAAUUGUCCGGGAUAUCUUGAGGGCAUUAACACGUUUACACAGAUUGAAUCGUAUUCAUCGAGAUAUUAGAAGCGAUAAUAUUUUGCUCAAUUUACGUGGUGAAGUGAAACUGGCAGAUUUUGGACACUGUGCUCAAUUGACAUCAUCACAGCCUCACAGGAAUUCCAUUGUUGGAACACCUUACUGGAUGGCGCCUGAAGUGAUCAAGGGAGUGAACUAUAACUCAAAAGCAGAUAUUUGGAGUUUGGGCGUAGUAAUACUAGAGAUGGCAGAAGGAGAUCCACCUUAUGUCGAACAUCCUCCAUUAAGGGCUCUAUUCUUGAUUGCAUCAAAUGGACUUCCCCCACUAAAGGAACCAGAACGUUGGUCAGAUGAAUUUAAAGACUUUCUUCAGCUGUGUAUAACUGAGGAUCAACAUAAACGACCUGAUGCAGAUACAUUAUUAAAGCACCCAUUUCUUUCAUCUGUUGCGACAACAGAGGAUAUGGUUGAACUGAUUGAAGAGACUAGAAGACUGGAAAUGCUGAUGCAAGAAGAAAGAGAAGAAGAAGAAGAAUGA